ACGCAAUGACUGACUCAAUCCACGGUUGAGAUUUCUUGUUACAAACAGCUGACCAGUCCUUCUGUCGUUGGGUAAAAUGGAAGUUGAAGGAAGGAAGGAAGGAUAACACAUUAAGGUCGCCAAAUGGCAUUUCGUGUUCAUCAUUUGAGUCUGAGCUUACCAACAACAACAACUAGUUGUGUUUCUUCAAAAACCCAUUUCGGUUUUGCCUUGAAACCCAAGACUUUAACAUUUGGUAAACCCAAGAGGCUCUUCUUCUCACUCCGUGCGAUGGGUUCGUCUGCUUCUUCCCCAGACAGCAGCACUCAAGAGACUGGUGACUAUAAAUCUGUAAGUAAUGAUGAAUGGAAAAAGAAGCUUACAAAGGAACAGUUUUACAUUACUCGUCAAAAGGGAACAGAGAGGGCGUUCACCGGGGAAUACUGGAAUACCAAAACUCCCGGAACUUACCAUUGCAUAUGUUGUGACACCCCUCUUUUCGAAUCAUCAACUAAAUUUGACAGUGGAACUGGUUGGCCAUCUUAUUACCAGCCGAUUGGAAAUAACGUUAAGUCCAAGUUAGAUUUGUCCAUUAUCAUCAUGCCUCGCCAGGAAGUUCUUUGUGCUGUUUGUGAUGCUCAUCUUGGCCAUGUCUUCGAUGAUGGGCCACCACCUACAGGAAAGCGCUACUGUAUUAACAGCGCUUCCCUGAAAUUAAAACCAAAGCAGGAGUCAGCUUGAAUAAGAAUCUUGCUGAAAAGUGACUCUUCUGUUUCUGCCACCCUAUCACAUAUAGGUCUAGUCAGUUGGUUGCAGAAGUGGACGUGACCUCACAAAUUUAAUCACAGUAUGAGACUGAGAUAUUCAUGUUCAGGAUAUAAAAAAAUGAACGGAUGUCCAUGUUCAUAAAAUAGCUACUAUGGUUCAUAAUCUUAUAUAUUUGUAUAGAUGGUCAAUGGAAUAUGAGUCUUUUAAAGUUCUAAUAUAAAGAGAAUUGUAUUCGUAUUUUUUCUACUUCAUUAUUUGGUUUCAAUUAUAGACAUUCAAAUUUUGAGGUGAAGAGCAGAUGAGCAGCAUUGUUACAAACUACAAAAGACAACUGCAAAAGCAAAAACAUUUCAUUUAUUUAUUUAUUUUUACUUGGAGAAACAAUUAGAGCAUUGCUAAAUAUCUCAUGAACUGCUCUUUCUUUGAUGCUAAGAAAUGAGAAAUCUGCUCUUUCUUCUCU